AUGAGCGCAGCAAUAAAUCAAUUCGGUCUUCAUACUAUUGAAUAUACUAUACGGAAAAAACGUUUAGAAGAUCCACUCUAUGUAGCCUCACAUCCGGAAUUUCAUCCGGAACAACUCCGAUUUUCAUAUGCACAUAAUACACCAUAUGAUACUUGUUCAACAUCUUUACCGUCAAUGAAACCAUCUAUUGAUUUUGCCUAUGCUGAUCAAUUAUCAAAGAAUGUAUGGUCAAGACCAAUGGAAGAGUCACCAAGUAUGUAUAGAGUACGCGAAGAUGAAUUGCUUGUAAAUCCAAAAUUACGACAUACUCUUGAAUUAAAUUCACCUUAUGUACCGUACGGCGGUUUUGUUCAUCCCAGAGAACAAACUAAGUGGGAAGAUCUUCCAGCAUCACCACCAGAAAUUACCCUACAAAAACGACGAGAAAAAUUUCCAGUGGUUCUUAGUUCAAUGACAAAAUAUGUAGAAGAAAUGAAUACAAUGGAAAAUGGUUUCAAAUUAUAUUAA